AUGAUCAACGAUACAGACGCAUCGCUGACGCAUGUAGGGAGUUCGAAUAGCUACAACACCGCGAUCCCCAACAACUUCCCGCCGCCGCCCAGUGAGCCUCCGCCUGCGCGGCCUUAUCAAGGACGCGCACCGGCGUCGCGUCAGCGAACUCAGGAUCGGCUUCAGCAUCUCGAGAAUGAACAUUCGGACGCUUUCCAGGAGGACCAGUCCUGGGCCUCGCGUCCGGAUCCGGACGAGAUGUACGCUCGUUUGGAUACGUUCUUCCCGAAUCACGAUCUGGACAAGCCAGUCAUCGACACCACGUCUGGUGGAACGUCUCCGACGACGGCCGAGCCCACUGUUGUCCCUCAGCCGGCUCCCGCAGACAAACGCUCCAGACACAAGAAGUCGAUUCGUGUCGUUGCGGAGGAGCACAAGCAGAAGAUGAUAGACCGUUCGUCGAGGAUCCUUUCGACGACAGCCGCUGCUAACAAUAUGUUGAGGAAGCGGAGUACGAAGCUCUGGGGCAGUCGAUUGGAGGAGGUCACGCCGGGACAGAUAAAGGCCGGCCUUGCAUCUACCACACCGGAGUCUCCUUCGUCUGCUGGGUCUGUCGCUCCUAAACCCAUUUUCAAGUGGGUUCGCGGUGAGUUGAUCGGCAAGGGCAACUUCGGACGGGUCUACAUGGCGUUGAACGCCACGACCGGAGAGGUCAUCGCCGUGAAGCAGGUGGAGAUCCCGCGUACAGCGAGCGACAAGAACGAUUCACGCCAGGUCGGCGUGGUGGACGCGUUGAAACUCGAGAGCGAGACGCUGAAGGAUCUGGAUCAUCCGCAUAUCGUGCAAUACCUCGGUUUCGAGGAGACGCCGACGUUCCUCAGCAUCUUUCUCGAGUACGUCCCUGGUGGUUCGGUCGGCAGCUGUUUGAGGAAAUAUGGCAAGUUCGACGAGGAAAUCACGAAGUCCUUCACCGAGCAGAUUCUGGAUGGACUGGAAUACCUCCAUUCCGUCGGUAUCCUGCAUCGGGACCUGAAAGCGGACAACAUUCUGGUCGAACAGGACGGCAAGUGCAAGAUAUCGGACUUUGGAAUAUCCAAAAGGACGAACGAUAUCAAUGAGCAGGCUAUGCUUACUGCCAUGCAAGGCACUGUCUUCUGGAUGGCUCCCGAGGUGGUCAACGCUGGAAAGCGCGGUUACAACGCCAAGGUUGACAUUUGGAGUGUCGGUUGUGUGGUGCUCGAGAUGUGGGCGGGUGAGCGGCCUUGGCGAAGGGAGGAGGCCAUGGCCGUCAUCGUCAAGCUGUACUCUUCAAAACAAGCGCCUCCCGUUCCGCAGAGUAUCACACUUUCAGCUUUGGCGGACGACUUCAGGAAGAAAUGUUUUGCCAUUAACCCCGACGAGCGACCGUCGGCUGCGGAAUUGCGCAAGCAUCCAUAUCUCGUCCUGCCUCCUGAUUGGAUGUUCACGGGCUUCAGUGCUCGUGACCCACCAUUGGACGACGCAUUCUGA